AGGACAAAUUAGCACUUUGUUUUCGGUGUUUGGUAUAAUAUACGUAAGUAAGACGCGAUGUGACGGCGUGAUCAAGUUUUAUAAUGUCAACUUUGAUUGGUGUCAUUAGAGGAACAACAGGGCGGUUGGCUUCAACGACUCCGUCCUCACCGGAGCGUCCCGCGAGCGCUACGUCAGUCCAGGCCAGCGCCGCCGAUCGCAUCAUCGAUGCGAUACGAUCCAUAAAUAUACCGAAAGGCCUUUACCGAGUGAGGAAAUUCACAAAAUACCGGAACUGUUGGCGCCACUGUUUGUUAUUUCCCGUCGAGAACAACAUUCACAUACAAGUUUGCGGUUUCACAACACCUAAAUAUGUUGGCGGAGGGGGGAGGAACCUCUCUGCACGCGAGGUGCAUGCUUGUUGCCUGCUUAUCACCUUUCUUCUACUUUUCGCACGUCCGAGUGCUAUCAACAUCGGUGACGUCAGACAACAUGACCAUCUUAUAGAUACACAAGGGAAUCCAGCCACCAGUCUGCACACAGGACAAGAUGACGUACCUUCGACUGGCAUCAAGUCGCAAAAGGACGGACUUCAUGAAGCGCCCAUCUAGAUCUACAAUCUUCAGAUCCAGAUCUUCAGCCUGGCCCUGGCAGUAUGUUCCGUACUACGGCACCACCGGCGGGGAAGCAGCGCGGGGGUCCCUUCCAGACCUCACCCGCCGCCCCGCGCGCCCUCACACCGCGACCUUCAGUUGCGCUUCAGCACUCCGCGCGCCGACACAUCAAUCAUAUUUGUCUAUUUUGUAUAUCUUUCAAUCUUAUUACAAUCAUCAG